UAUUGCAGUGUUUGAAUGUACCUAAUAUUAGUUGUUAGUAUAAUGUUUACAUCAGAAAAAUGUCGGACCACUUCAGUCAGAUAAAGAGCAUGAGAAAAAGGCGAGAGAGAUAAAGAUAGAUGAAAAGAUACAUACGGCGAGAAACGCGCGUUCCUUGGCUAGUACUCAGGAAGACGUCGCAAACAGAACAGCAUCAAAAAGUAGAAAUCUUGUGAAAGCGAACCGCAAAGAGUGGUACAAAAUUUACGAGUUUCACUACAAUGGCGGAUGGCCAGGACGGAGUGCCACAAGAAUAUGCUGACGAUAAGGAAUGUGGCAAUGGCGAAGAAUGUGUAAACGACGAAGAAUGUGUUAACAACGAAGAAUGUGUUAACAACGAAGAACCUUCUGUUAACGAAGUGGAUUCUAACGACCAGGAAUAUUCUGUUGACGAAGUGGAUUCUAACAACGAAGAAUCUUUUGACGAAGAAUCUUCUAAUGUUGAAGAAAACGAGAACGGAGAGCAGCGGGGGCGCCGGAGCAGAAGGGCCAUAAUCGACCCACCGCUAAGAACACCUAUGUACUAUGAUCAUACUGGAAAACUUAGGAAGCCCUUUCGUAUACCAUAGAAAAAUGUUAGAUAAAUUUCAAUCGAUCAACCAAAUAAAUGAAAAUAAAAUAUAUAACACAUAGUUUCGGUUUAAAUAUAUUAACAAACUUUUUGAAUUAUUAUUAAUUUCAAGUCGUAUAAUCUUAAACAUUUGCAAAUCUAAAGUUUCGUAACUACAGAUCGUUGAUGUUAAAACCUUCCGAUUUAAAAAGACAAAUUUGUACGAUGCAGAAAUAGAUCGGAAUAACACUAAUUUAAAACAAUCAAA